UUUGUUAGGGAAAACAUUAUUACUGGUGGAAUAGUAGCACUUAGCACAGUUAACUGCCUAAAUAAUUCGUUGUGUUGGCCGGUAGUUGUAUGUAAUACAGUCAUUUCUAGGUCUUAGAUAACAUUAGCGCAAGUCAGUCAUGAAAAAGUCAGCUUUAAUUAUAGUAUGUUAUCUGUUUACUUUUCACUGUGCCACACGACUAAUAGAUAAAACUAUUAACCCAUGGUUGCUGAACAGAUCAGUUAAUAGGACAUUCUAUACAAAAAAUCAGUUACUCCACAUUGAUUACGAAAUACUUAUGGAAUACCAUGGAAAUACAUCCGCAGUUGGUUUCAUCUUUUCUGUGGAAAGUAUAUUAGCAAACAAUGUCAUGCAUCUGGAGGCAGUGCAGUUGGAUUCUUUCACGGAAUCAAAGCUGAGAAUACAAGAGGUAAAUGUUGAGAAUUUGAGUGGAGUAUACUGGUUUAUAGGUUUCAAGCACCCACUGCUGAAUCGUCAGUCAGUUCGCCUUAAAACGAGCGCAGUACUUGCACGAUGCCUUCGCCCGUUACCAGCCUACAUAAAUCAAGAAGAAGCGCAGUUAGUUGUAUUACAUGCUAGCCAUUAUUUUUAUAGUGCUUACUGCACUGAUCAACAGGUCACAGUUGUUAAACUUCCCAGUUUCAAUGUAGAAAGUUAUUCAAUUAUUCAGCCAACAAAAAAAUAUUUAAACACCAUUUCGUAUGGACCUUACAGAGGCAUCUCAGCAUUCAAUACAAGUGACAUGCGGAUUCAUUUUGAGUACAAUGCGGCAUUUUUAACUGUAAAAAGUCUCAAACGUGUUAUCAAAAUAUCUCCUUGGGGUAACAUUGCUGUAGCAGAGAGAAUCAGAUUACAGAACACUGGAGCUGCCCUAAAAGGGCCGUUCUCCAGAUACGUUUAUAUGAUGCACCGUGGAAUGUCAGAUACAGCUAGUGCUAACAACAUUACACCAGUUCUGCCGAAGAGUGCAAACAAUAUUUAUUACAUUGAUGACCUUGGGAAUAUUUCAACUUCUCAUGUUCUAAACACAGAAGAUUCAAUUAAUCUCACAUUAGAGUUUAGAUAUCCACUACUUGGUGGCUGGAAUAUUAGUUUAAUAAUUGGCUAUGAUGUACCAGCUAGUGAAUAUGUUUUCCACAUUGAAGAUGACUAUGUCUUACAUAUGCCUCUCAUUAAUAAUUUAUAUGAAGGAAAGAUACAAGCAAAUAUUAUAUGCUACUGGACACUGUAGGAAGGCCUGCUGUAAGCUUCCAUAUAAACAAUUUGGUUGACAAACAUAUUCAAUGUUUCCAAGUGCAUUACCAUGUACCAAAAACAGUGUUGAUUUACAAACCAGUGCUAUUAAUUGUUCUGAUAUUUAUAUUGAUUGUUCUGCUCUGGACCAUAAAAAAUUACGAAAUAUUGUCAGAUUUUGUUUCAGUGAAUUACUGGAAUAGAAUGCCUGGAAGAGAUGCAACGUCUGAAGACAGCAGCUGUAAAAAUGAAAACGAAAGAAAAUGAAUUUAUAGCCAUCAUUUACCCAAAGCAUAAACAUGUUUUACUAGUGUAUUAUAGACUGUUAUCUAAAUCUAGUCUUUCAUAUGUUUACUGUGAAAUGUAAGAGACAUUAUUAAUUAAUGAAAGGCAAUAUUCAGUUUCAUUGCUAGUAAAGUUGUGUUUAAUUCUUGAAUAUAUUA